AUGGACAGACGGGACAGCAACCCCAGCGCUGUCAUUUGCAAGUUAUGUGGAGAGGUCUUCACUCUUCCUGAGGAUGAAGUUGACGGCAACCUCCCUCGUGUGCUUUUAUGUGGCCACAUCUACUGCACAUCUUGUCUACGGUCCAUUCAGUGUGACACUGUCAUUACAUGUCCAGAGUGUGAGGUUAAGUCCACGCUCCCUGAAGGCGGGGUGUACUGUCUGCAGGAGGACAGCAGAAUUAUUGGCCUCAUCUACACUGCUAAAAUGAACAAAAUGAAAAGCCUCCAGUAUGACAGAUUAAGGAAUCGCAAAAGGAACAAAUUAUCAACAUCCCCAGAAAUGAACGCCAAUACCAAGGAUAUGGAUCAGCCAGCAGAUAUUGAGAAGAUUGAGAAGACGGUGGAUGAGGCAUUGGUCCAGGCUGCAGAAAAUCUUGCUCAGCUGGAACACAUCCACGAGACUCUGACGACUGGCCUGGCAGAACAGGUGAAGAGAGAGAAAGCUCGGCUGGAGACGGAGAUCAAACAAGCUGCAGACAAGGCUUCUCAUGCUAUCCAAAAGUGGAGGGAUGUGCAGUUGGCUAAGCUGACAAAACUGGAGGCACAGUUCUCCACCAGCCAAGCGGAAGCGUGCCGAGUCCAGGAGAGGAUAAAGGCCCUGGAGAUUGCAAUGCAGAUGGCCAGAGAAGUCCGCCGUGUCCCCUUCCUGGAGCAGUACUGCACCCUGGAUAAGGUCCUGGAGACGCUGCAGGCCCCUGUGGAUAAGCAGUCCUUCGAUAUGAAGUGCAUUACUAUGGGCUCUGGAAUGAGCUGUGUUUUGCAGUCAGAAAGUCUCAGCAGGAGUCUGGCCUUGUCUCUGAAGAUGGAAGUCAGCAACCCGAAGCACUUGUCCGAUUCUCCACCCAAAGGCUACCAGCCGGGAAACAGAAAAUCACUCUUGCAACGCGGAGAGGGCAGGAAGUGUGUGUCACCCAGUCGCAGCAAGACCCCUUUCCCACAAAACCCAGACAAGGAGAGCCCGGGGGCUAACAGUCAUUCGUCACGGGGCUCCUCCCCAAGCCCAAGACCUCGGCGCAGGUCCAACGCCUCUCGCCACAGCUCGGGCUCAGACAUCGGGACUCCAGAUGUAAUUAUUGAGGAGCUCUUAGAGGAGGGACAAGAGCACGCUGCUCCCCCGCCCACCGGCCCUGAGCUGGCUAAUGACAAGUGGAGAGUCCACAGGAGAAGGAAAAAUCAGAUUUUUGGCAAUAGGAGAAAUGUCACCCAAUGGGUGGUGGUGACCCACGUCGUGAAUCCAAGUCACUUCUACGUGCGCUACGUGGCCGAGAGGAGGGAGAGCGAGUCCAUGUCUAAGAAGAUCAACCACUUCUGCUGCAGAGACAGUUGCCACUUCUCUUCCAGUGAUGCAGUGGAGACUGGCUCCAUGAUCCUUGUGAAGUGGAAGGAGGGGCUCUGGUGUCGGACCAGUGUGGUGGAGGUGUUGCAGGUUGGCUGUGCGGACGCUGUGAAAACCUGCAAAGUCAGCCAGCUGGCCACUGUCCGGGUCUUCUUCCUCGACUACGGCUUCACCAAAAGCAUCACGAUACAGAGUGACGAGGCGACCACCGAGUCUUCACUGAACGCUGUGAACAAGCACCUGAGGAAGGUGGGCAAGGCACUAAAUGUGGACCUGGGUCACUUUGCUCCUCAAGCCAUCAGAUGUUCCCUCAAGGACCUGGUCCCGUAUGACCUGACAAAAGGCUGGAGUAAAGAGGCGCAGGUUGAAUUCCUCAGCGUGGUCAGCUCUGCAGCAGUGGAGAUGAGGCCUUUGGGUCAGGACUCAGACUCUUUGCUGGUGGACCUGAGGAAAGCGCCCAUGGACCAAUCCAGUGACAUACCCAUCUCUGUCAGAGAGUACCUUGUUUUCAUUGAAGUGGCCAGGUUUUAUUCUCCAGUGACGCUGAGCAGGAGGCCCCUGCUGUACUACCCUCCUGUCUAUCCCAAGAUCAACACAGAGCUCAAUGCCGUGGUGUCCCACAUCAACGACCCUGCUGACUUCUUCAUCCAGCUGGUCGACAACAUGGAGUCCUUGUUGCUCUCGGCCAAGCUCCAGGACUGUUACAAUGCGACAACCGUGGCUGGACAGGAUGACCUCUGCAUCUACUGCCCUGUGAUUGGACAGGCCUGUGUUGCCCGCUACGAUGACAAGCAGUGGUACAGAGCCCAGGUCAUAGGUCAUCCAGGGGGCAGAAAGGUGGAAGUGCGGUUUGUAGACUUUGGCAAUAAGAAAAUCUUGUCAGUCAGCGACUUGAAGAAGAUCAAGGAUGAGUUCUUUGCCCUCCCUUCCAUGACCUGGAGCGAUGCCUGCACCAACAGAUUCAUCAGCCUGGCUCACCAGAAACUGGUCACUAUUGUGGCUACAGGAAAAGUCGCCAAAACUGAGCCGCUGCCAAUCAAUCUAUUUGAGAGCGGCCUGAACGGGCCAAUAUCCAACAUCGCCGAGCUGCUGGUGAAAGAGGAGCUGGCCUGCUUCAAAGACGGACCGAAGUCCAAGCAUGUCAGGCCCCCUGGUGAUGACUCUGCUGUAUGGGACCCUCCACUGGAGCUCGCUUCAGCCGCGGAGGGCAUUGGUAGCCCAGACCAAAACGUCCCCAGAGAGCAGGAUGAGGAGCCGCUGGAGUUUCAGCUUCAGCUGAGGCUCCCUGCCCAGCUCAAAGACCUGAAAGUGAGAGUCUGCCACGUCAACUCCCCGAGCAGCUUCUACGUCCAGCUCACCCAGUACAACUCUCAGCUCAAAAGGAUAUGUGAGCAGGUAAAGAAAGAGUGUGCGCUCGUGGAGUCCCGAGAUGUGGCGUGGAAGGAAGACAUGUACUGUGCUGCUCAGAUUAACGGGGUUUGGGAGAGAGGACAGAUCUGCUCUGACGUCACGUCCAGCAACAUUGCAGAGGUGAUACGCUGUGAUCAUGGCAACAAGGUGAAGCUCCACGUCAGCAACCUGCAGCCGCUGCCGACCUCUCUGAUGGGCUCUCUGGCACUGGAGUGCACCCUCACUGACAUCAGGCCCGCAGGAGGCCGAUCCACCUGGACGGCCACAGCAUGCGACUUAUUCUCCCACUACCUGACAGGAGCCUCGGCUGUUAUGACCAUCAAGUUGACGGAUGAGCGUCCAGCCCCCGUCACUCUGUUCUGCUCCAACAAGAUGGGACAGUUUGUCAGCAUUGCAGACUUUCUGGUCAGCGAGGGCCUCGCCCUCAGGGAAAGGAAACAGAGAGAUGCUGUCAUUCAGAAACCCAAAGAAACUGAUGCACAGUCUCCAGUGAGCGAGACACAAACUCUUAGCCCUGCUGAUGAGAAACAAGAUACUCCUGAUCAUCCGGCGCCUUCUCCCGUUCCUUUUCCCUCCCAAUCCCCCGUCCCCUCCACUCCCACCCCUCCAAAAGCAGCCCCCCGCAGCAUUAUGUCUGCUGAGAAGGUGAAGACUCAGCUGUACAACCCCCCAGAGCUGCCGUGUCUCGGUCACAUCCAGAUAAAUGUCUCCGCCAUCGGAGAGGACGGUCUCAUGUACACCAGGACACAUGAAGAAGUGUGUGUAUUGGAGCAGCUUAGGGAGAGGAUUCAGCAGAGCAUGAACACGCUGCCCAGACAGAAGCCCUACACCUGGAAGUCGGUCCUGGGCUGUGCUGUUAUUGGCCCUGAUAUGUUGUGGUACCGAGGACAGCUGCUGGAGGUGCUGGGAGGACACGUUAAGGUACAAUAUGUGGACUAUGGCCUGGUGGAGAACAUCCCUGUGGUCCACGUGCACCCCAUGCUGCUGUGUGACGAUGUUCCUCAGCUCUGUAUGCCCUGCCAGCUGCACGGCCUCAACCCUGUUGGCGGGAGGUGGCAGCGGGAUGCGGUGGCCUUGCUGAGGGAGGUGUUGCUGAACCGCUGUGUGGACAUGCGAGUCGUGGAACUUCCAACUGACCCGAGGGAACCCCUCACAGUUGAGCUCUUUCUGGACGGGCUGAGCCUCAGCAGGAUCCUGUGUCACCAUGAACACGCCUCCAUGGACCGGACUGUCUCAGCACAGAAGGGACACUCGGUGACGCCUCCUGCCUCCCUUCUGGAUGAUUGGGACAUCGACACCGAGGGUCUGAGGGGCCCAGAGGAGCCACCGCUGGGGCCCUUUAUUUACCCAAACCUGCCACAGGAGGGUGAGAAGUUUCAAGUCCGGGUCAAGCACCUGUGGACCCCCAAUGAGCUGUUCCUGUGGCCUUUGGAGGGAACAGCAGACUUGGAGGUGGAUGGAGAGAGACUGGACGACGCUCUGACCAGAAUCAAUGCAAACAUCAACAGUCUGCAACGACUCUCCAGCUUCCCUCACGGCGGUCCGUGUCUGGCAGAGUACAGUGACGGGAAGUACUACAGGGCCAAGCUGAUGAAGUUCACCAGCGUGGAGCCCGUCAUGAUCCUGGUCCAACAUGUGGACUUCGGCUCUGACGACACUCUGCCCAUCAGCAAGCUGCGUCAGAUGCCGGCCGAGCUGCUCAGGUUUCCGUCGCGGGCGCUAAAGGUCAAAGUCGCCGGCUUCAAGGCUCCAAGUGUGGAGAGGCAGGAAGACGUGCUGCCCUACAGCCCCGGGUGGAGCGUGAAGGCUGCGAUGGAAAUGAUCGAACUGUUACACAGCAACAUCACAGCCUCUGUUGUGGCCCGGGAACCAGAGCUCACAGUGCUGCUGUACAACGAGGACGAAGAGCUGGUCCAUCUUCCUCUGGUGAGCAGCGGACUGGCCGAGCUCGAGUGA